GACCUCAAUGCUUCACCGUACUUCUGCUUCAAUACUCCACCGUGGUUGGCUUGCCAAGCUGGACCGUAGCUCAGGCUGUACCGUGUAAUCAUCGAAGCCGCCUCCUUCAGGUGCAAGAGCAGCAGGCCUCAGUCUCUGCCAACAUCCAUCCUUCCACUGUAAAGAGAGCUGCUGAAGCUACGUGCUCUCGUCUAUACCUCUGUUCCUAUUGUCUGGCCUGGGCGGCCCCGUGGUUUCCUCAUACAACCGCCCAGCAUGGCCCAUAAGGACACCCUUUUCCGGUCUGCGGACAUGUCCCUGACACAGCUCUACAUUUCCAACGAGAUCGGACGCGAAGUGGUGUCCGCCCUCGGUGAACUUGGUGUCGUGCAGUUCCGGGACCUAAAUGCAGAUACCAACGCCUUCCAACGUACUUUCACCAAGGAGAUUCGACGGUUGGACAACGUCGAGCGGCAACUGCGCUACUUCAAGUCCCAAAUGGAGAAGUCGAACAUCGAGAUGCGUAGUCACUGGGACUUCGCCGAAGACAUGCUCGCAGCUCCGCAGGCCAGUGAGAUUGAUGAACUUGCCGACCGCGCAGAGACCCUGGAACACCGCAUCAGCAGCCUGAAUGAGAGUUAUGAGACACUCAAGAAGAGAGAGGUCGAACUGACUGAAUGGCGAUGGGUUCUUAAGGAGGCCGGUGGCUUUUUCGACCGUGCACAUGGCCAGACCGAUGACAUCCGAGCCAGUGUCGACGAAGACGACGCGCCUCUCCUCCGCAACACCGAGGCUGAGGAGGGUAGAGCCAACGGCAGUGUUGGCCAGCAGCAGAGCUUUGCGGUAAUGAACAUCGGCUUUGUGGCCGGUGUUAUUCCCCGCGAGCGGUUGGCGGCCUUCGAACGUAUUCUGUGGAGGACUCUGCGUGGCAACCUUUACAUGAACCAGUCCGAGAUUCCAGAGCCGAUUGUCAACCCGGAGACGAACGAAGAAGUCCGGAAGAAUGUUUUCGUCAUCUUCGCUCACGGCAAGGAGAUCAUUGCCAAGAUUCGAAAGAUCUCGGAGUCUCUUGGUGCCGACCUCUACAAUGUGGACGAAAACAGCGACGUUCGGCGGGAUCAGAUCCACGAAGUCAACACUCGGUUGAGCGAUCUUGCCAGUGUCCUUCGAAACACCAAGACAACCUUGGACGCUGAACUGAACGCCAUAGCUCGGUCGCUUGCCGCAUGGCUCAUCGUGAUCAAGAAAGAGAAGGCCGUUUACAAUGCAUUGAACAUGUGCUCCUACGAUCAAGCGAGAAAGACACUGAUUGCGGAAGCCUGGUGCCCCACGAAUUCCUUGCCCCAGAUUCGAGCGACACUUCAGGAUGUCAAUGAUCGUGCUGGGCUGUCGGUUCCUACCAUUGUCAACCAAAUCAAGACCAACAAGACACCACCAACCUACAACAAGACCAACAAGUUCACCGAGGGCUUCCAGACCAUCAUCGAUGCCUACGGUACCGCAAAAUACCAGGAAGUCAACCCGGGUCUCUACACCAUCGUGACAUUCCCUUUCCUGUUCGCGGUCAUGUUCGGUGACUUCGGGCACGGAUCGUUGAUGACCAUGGCAGCAGCUGCUAUGAUUUACUGGGAGAAGCCGCUGCAAAGAUCCAAACAAGAUGAGCUGUUUGCCAUGGCAUUCUAUGGUCGUUACAUCAUGUUGAUGAUGGGUAUAUUCUCCAUGUAUACCGGCUUGAUCUACAACGACGUUUUUUCGAAAGGCUUCACACCGUUUCCUUCUGCUUGGGAAUUUCCGGAAGAAGGACGCCCGGAGGUAACGGCUCACCUCAAGGGGGGCUAUCGGUACCCCUUUGGCAUAGAUUGGGCGUGGCAUGGGUCCGAGAACGACUUGCUCUUCAGCAACAGUCUGAAAAUGAAAUUGUCUAUCCUCAUGGGUUGGGCGCACAUGACGUACGCCUUGUGUUUCUCGUACAUCAACGCGAGGCAUUUCAAGACCCCCAUUGACAUCUGGGGCAACUUCGUUCCGGGCAUGGUCUUCUUUCAGAGCAUCUUUGGGUAUCUCAGUUUCUGCAUCGUCUACAAAUGGUCCAUCGAUUGGCAGGCCAUAGGUAGGAACCCACCUUCUUUGCUCAACAUGUUAAUCCAGAUGUUCCUUUCACCGGGCAAUGUCGAAGAAGGCGAACAGCUCUACAGCGGUCAGGCGGGGGUACAAGUCGUUCUGGUUCUGAUCGCCGUCAUCAACGUUCCUAUCUUGCUGCUGCUGAAGCCUCUGUAUUUACGCUGGCAGCACCAAAAGACCGCGGCGCAGGGCUAUCGUGGCAUUGGCGACACCAGCCGAGUUGCACAUGCCACAGAUCUUGAUGACGACGAGAAUAACAACUCUCGGCGGAUGAAUGGACGACCAAGUGAGGAAGAGGAAGAAGAGGGUGCCAUGAUCACCGAAAACAUCGGAGCUGAUGAGGAGCAUGAAGAGUUUGAAUUUUCAGAGGUCAUGAUCCAUCAGACAAUUCACACCAUCGAGUUCUGCCUCAACUGCGUCUCUCAUACCGCCUCUUAUCUCCGUCUUUGGGCGCUCUCGUUGGCUCAUCAGCAACUUUCGGUUGUGUUGUGGAACAUGACUCUGGGCAACGCCUUUGGCAUGACGGGCGGCUUGCAGGUCGUCAUGAUUAUUGUUACAUUCGCCUUCUGGUUCGUCUUGACCAUUGCGGUACUGUGUGUGAUGGAGGGCACGUCUGCCAUGUUGCACAGUCUGCGUCUGCAUUGGGUCGAGGCCAUGAGUAAACAUUUCGUCGGGGAGGGUGUUCCAUUUGAGCCGUUCAGCUUCAAGCUGCUACUCGAGGAAGAUCCUGUAGACUGAUUGACAGGAAGCUGGUGCUCCAUUAUAGAAUAGUCAACUAUGUUAGCUCAUACAUGAACAAUCUACCAGUGUAUUUCUAGGGAAAGCCGUCUGCUAUUCUAGUAUAACGCUAUAGUGAUUACAGACAAUUUCGAUGAUGGACACUUCAAACAC